ACAGCCAACCAUUAAAACGGUUUCCUUUUUAGUUUGUUUAGUUGUGUGAACAUGCCUGAGCCCGCCAAGUCCGCUCCUGCUCCUAAGAAGGGCUCCAAAAAGGCGGUUACUAAGGCACAGAAGAAAGACGGGAAGAAGCGCAAACGCAGCCGCAAAGAGAGCUACUCUGUGUACGUCUACAAGGUGCUAAAGCAGGUCCAUCCGGACACUGGCAUCUCCUCUAAAGCUAUGGGUAUUAUGAAUUCGUUCGUCAAUGACAUUUUUGAGCGCAUCGCGGGUGAGGCGUCUCGUCUGGCGCAUUAUAACAAGCGCUCUACCAUCACUUCGAGGGAAAUCCAAACUGCUGUGCGUCUAUUGCUUCCUGGAGAGCUGGCCAAACACGCUGUGUCAGAGGGCACCAAGGCUGUCACCAAGUACACGAGCUCUAAGUAAUUGCUCGGCACCUGUGGCUCAAGCGGCUAAGCGCCAGCCACAUACACCUGAGCUGGCAGGUACGAAUCCAGACCAUGCCAGCCAAACAACAAUGACAGCUGCAACCAAAAAAUAGCCAGGCUUUGUGGCGGGCCUGUAGUCCCAGCUACUUGUGAGGCGGAGGCAGGAGAAUCGCUUGAACCCAGGAGUUGGAGGUUGCUGUGAGCUGUGAUACCACAUUACUCUACCCAGGGCGACAGCUUGAGGCUCUGUCUCAAAAAAAAAAUAAAAAAAGAUUUGUUUUUUAAAGGCUUCUUCUUGAAAUAUUUUCCUUUCCACCAUGAAAAUAAAAUACUUGAC